CCAACAUUUCUCCGAUCAUUGAUGGGUUCGUCUUCAUCUUUCUCCUCCUCCUCCUCGAAGCUUCUCUUUCGUCAACUCUUUGAGAAAGAAUCUUCCACCUUUACUUAUCUUCUCGCCGACGUUUCUCAUCCUGAUAAACCAGCUUUGUUGAUUGAUCCGGUGGACAAGACUGUGGAUAGAGACUUGAACCUGAUAAAUGAGUUGGGCUUAAAGCUUAUCUAUGCUAUGAACACUCAUGUUCAUGCUGAUCAUGUCACUGGAACUGGACUUCUUAAGACGAAGCUCCCGGGUGUGAAAUCCGUUAUUUCGAAAGCAAGUGGUUCUAAAGCUGAUAUGUUUCUUGAACCCGGUGACAAAGUAUCCAUCGGCGAUAUAUACCUCGAGGUUCGUGCUACACCUGGACAUACUGCAGGAUGUGUUACAUAUGUUACUGGAGAAGAGGCUGAUCAGCCCCAACCAAGAAUGGCUUUUACCGGGGAUGCUGUACUCAUCCGUGGUUGUGGGAGGACUGACUUUCAGGGUGGAAGCUCUGAUCAACUCUACGAGUCUAUAUUUACACUGCCAGAAGACACAUUGAUCUAUCCAGCUCACGAUUACAAAGGUUUCGAGGUAAGUACAGUUGGAGAAGAGAUGCAACACAACCCGCGUCUAACUAAAGAUAAAGAAACAUUCAAAACCAUUAUGUCAAAUCUGAAUCUGUCGUAUCCGAAGAUGAUUGAUGUUGCAGUACCAGCAAAUAUGGUAUGUGGGUUACAAGAUGUGCCUUCUCAAGCCAACUAAAAACUCUACCCAAUAUGUUUGUCUAUAUUUACCAAAGCCAAUAAAACUCUUGAGAGUAGUUUAUCCAAUAAGAUUUGCUUCCGUUUUAGAUAAGCUCAUUAGAAGAUUGUGUAAUGAACAUGUGGAAUUUGU